AUGACGCUACUCUCCCCUCCGUCGUCUACGUUCCGCCAAAGAACUCAAGCACUCUCUGAUUGGAUCCUUGAGAAGAAGCCCCAGCUCGAAAAUCGGUCGCAAGUUGAUCGAACAUUGAGCGAAAUCAUAAGGACUUCCCGCGAGCUCACGACGGCCCUUAGGAGAGAGAAAGUCGAAGGACUCAAGUGUACUGCUGAGGAUACAGAGCAAGAUAUCGAAGCUGCCAUAUAUACCGCAUAUGUUAGAGUACAGUGGGUUCUUGGAGAAGUUGGGUUCGGGGAUGAAGAGCGCGGGCGACCCGCCCUGGCCCUGGCCCUCGCCGUCAAGAUAAUUCAAGAGUACAACAUGUUAGUCGAUCCCCCCAUACCGAGUGGUCGAGGAGUAGUCCGUGGAUUGACCGAGUGCCUCAUCGAGUACACCAAGGGAGAUGAAGCCGCCCGAACUGGAAUUCCUGCGACC